CCUGCUGUUCUCGGCGAGUCCUUCGUUCACGCUCUUUGCCCCAGUACUCUGCUGCUGCGGCGACUUACUUUCGCUUAUUUCCAUUCGCUUGUCCGCACAUCUUCAACAUGUUCUUCAACCUCAAGAGCACCCUUGUUGGCGCUCUGCUGAGCGCAACAGCCGCCCAGGCUGCGUGUUCGGCCAACCUCUUAAUCGAUAAUUUUGCCAAAUACUCCAGCAACAGCAACAGCCUGGGGUCCUGGACGAGUGAUGACCAGAGCAUGACCUCGAUCUCGGCUUCUUCCAACACUCUCACCUUCAACCCCAAGUCUUCUUCCUAUUUCUACGAGACCAUCCCCUGCCAGGCCGCCAGUAGCAACGGGUACAACGCCUUGCAGUUUUCCGUGACGGGCCCCAAAGAUGCCUCCUUCCUCGUGGAGCUCCAGUCCAAGACUGCUUGCUCAAACACCGCGUACAACAGUGCUUGGUUCACCGUCAGUGGCUUGACUGGCUCUAAGCAGACCAUCACCAUCCCAUUGAGCUCCUUCUCGGGCGCCAGCCUGAAUGGCAUCACCGGCUUCGUGUGGUCCACCUUCUCCAAGACUGGUUCGCAGUACCAGCUGAGCAACGUCAAUCUCGUCUGCUCUUCCGGUGGUGGUGGGACGCCCACGACACUUUCCACCACCAAAGCCCCUACGCCCACUCCCACUCCGACUGGUACCUGUACGAACCUGGUCGUGGAUGACUGGGAGUCACAGUCUCGCCUCACCUUCCUAUACUACAAUUCUCUGAUCCUCCCAACCAGCGACGAUGGCACCAUGUCGUCCAUCGCCGUCAGCAACAACAACCGUGUCACCUUUACCCCGUCCGGUACCGACUCCUACUUUUACAGUAAGACUGGGUGCGUGAACACCCAGAACCGAUAUGGUGGCAUUUCAUUGCGCAUCAAGGCCCCUGCCGGCACUACCUUUACCAUCGAGCUCAGCUCUCCCAGCACCUGCGGUGGCGAUGACACCAGCUUCGCAUCUCAGACAACCCGCGACCUGGGCUGGACUUUUGACGGCACCGAGAAGCUGUACAGCAUUCCCUUUUCAAAGUUCUCCGCGCUCGACAAGACCAAGGUUGCCACAAUCUUCUUCACAGCCUUCACCAAGGCCGUCACAUUUGGACCCAUGGCCUUCUACUGCGGCAACACAGUUGGCGAGUUUGUACCUCCUGCCACGACCGCCACUGCUCCCAGCAGCACAGUCCCUGCGCCGGCCGGCACUGCUGCCGCUCUCGUCAUUGAUCAGUUUGGCAACCAGAAUGCAAACGCCCUGGGCAUGUGGCACGGCGGCGAUGAUGGCCUGAGCACGACCUGGGGAUCGCAAUCGCUGACUCUCAAGGCUGACGACUCGGACUACUCGUUCUACACACAGGUCUCGGCCACGUGCAAGGAUAUGACCAUGUACGACAACUCGUAUCUCCACGUUGUCUACAGCGGCAGCAACAAGUUCACCAUUGCCAUGCAGCAGCACAACUCGCAGUGCAACGCCAACAUUGCUCCCUACCCCGAGACUUGGGACUCGCUCGAGGCCGCGCGCUAUUCGUCCGCCACUGACAUCUACAUCCCCAUUAAGCACUUCAACAUCAACCGUAGCCGUACCGUCGGCUUCGCAUUCAAGGGCUUCUACACCACGGCCUCGACUGUCCUCAAGAAGGUCGAGAUCGUCCAGAGCGUGCCCUCGGGCUGGAAAAUUCCCAACAAGUUGCCCACUGGCAACCUUGUCUUUGCAUGCAAGCGGCCCAACUCGUUCGCCUUUGCCAUUGACGAUGGCAUCCCGGCGCUCUCCCAGGAGGUCAUGAAGAUCAUCAAGGAGGAGAACAUCAAGGUCACCUUCUUCACCGUCGGCGCCCCGCUCGACGACGCCAGCACCAACCUGACCAACGUGUACCGCGAGAUGGCCAGCCAGGGCCACCAGAUUGCCCUGCACUCGUACACGCACCCCAAGAUGGAAGGCCUGCCCGACAACGAGGCCAUCGACUGGGAGUACAUCAACGACAUCGAGGCCAUGAAGGACGCCUUCGGCGCCAACACAAAGUCCAACUACUUCCGCCCGCCAUUCGGCAACGAAGGCGCCCGCAUGCGCCAGCGCCUCACGCAGGUCCUCGGGACUGCCGACACGUACAUUAUGAACUGGAGCGUCGAUGUCGAGGACUGGCUUUGGGCCGAGACCUCGACGCCGGAGAAGCAGCUCGACGCCUUCAAGCGCGACGUCAACAAGGGCGGAAACCUCGUUGUCAUGCACUACCUUUACCCCAGCACCGUCAGCUACCUGCGCCAGUUCAUCCAGAUCGCCAAGGCGACGGGCAAGCAGCUGAUGCGUGUUGACCAGUGCAUGAUGGACCCCAAUGCGCCGCCGUUGUAGAAGGCGAGAAAUGGGAAAAUGGCACUCGCUCUGGAUUAGGAAGUAGUGGGAGUUGCCACGUUGGGGAUGAGGCAGAGUAGUGUGUCUAUUAACUGCUACGAUAUCGGGAUUAACCUUAAUGUAGAAAUGUACACAUUGAAAAAGAUACCCCUUAAUGCUU